AUGGCACUUGGCAUGAUGGGGAGAGGAAAACCAGGAAAUGUGUGCUGCUGCAUGUGGUGUGCUUAUGAGCACUUGAUCAAGUGCUUGGACGAUGAGUUCAUGUAUCUGAGAAAGGUUUUAGGUGUCCAUCGUGCAGUGGCUGCGGCUCCAUGCUGCUGCGCCUUGUGCCCGUACAGAGAUGGACAGCAUCUCGCCGCGAUGAGCGCAGUUUGGUGGGUGUUGGAACGUUGGCGCUGGUCUCUCUGUUCGGAGGGGGCGGGCGGUGUGACACUGCGCCCUCUUCUGCUCUUUGAGUUUGCUGACCGUCGUUGGUAG